UCCAUCACACUUCUUCCCUCUCCCGCCUUAUCUAUCCUUAAACCCUACCAUUCAAAGCUCUCUUCCCAUUUACUCCAUCAAUGGCUCUCUGCAAUCCCUCAUUCCUAUUCUUCUGCUCUUUUUCCUCUGCCUAUAAAUUCAAUCCUCUUUUCUUCUCUCCAAUCUCUAUCCGCAAAUCCACGCCUUUCCUCUCCUCUCGCUGCAAUCGGCGGGUCCCAUUUUCUUUCCCAAGAAAUUCCAAUCGUUUCGACCGCAGGUUCUCGUCAGGUACGGCAUUGGAGAGUGAGGUAUUUACAUCACCGGAGACAGCAAAGUCAUUCGAUUUUACAGCGGAAGAGCGGAUAUACAACUGGUGGGAGUCUCAAGGGUAUUUCAAGCCAAGCUUCGACCGUGGAGGAGACCCUUUCGUGAUGUCCAUGCCACCUCCAAAUGUCACUGGCUCGCUACAUAUGGGACAUGCAAUGUUCGUGACUCUUGAGGAUAUCAUGGUUAGAUAUUCCCGCAUGAAGGGCAGGCCGACACUUUGGCUUCCUGGGACCGAUCAUGCUGGUAUUGCAACUCAGUUAGUUGUGGAAAGAAUGCUUGCAUCUGAAGGCAUAAAAAGGACUGACUUAAGUAGGGAUGAGUUCAUAAGUCGAGUUUGGGAGUGGAAAGAGAAGUAUGGUGGAACCAUUACAAAUCAGAUUAAGAGAUUGGGUGCAUCUUGUGAUUGGACUAGAGAGCACUUCACCCUUGAUGAGCAGCUAAGUCGUGCAGUUAUUGAGGCCUUCGUCAGGCUUCAUGAGAAGGGCCUAAUUUAUCAAGGAUCUUACAUGGUCAACUGGUCUCCUAAUCUUCAGACUGCAGUCUCGGACUUGGAAGUCGAGUAUUCUGAAGAGCCUGGUUCUCUUUAUUACAUCAAGUAUCGUGUUGCGGGAGGUUCUAGGAGUGACUAUUUGACGAUAGCAACAACACGCCCAGAGACAUUAUUUGCUGAUACAGCUAUCGCGGUGCAUCCUGAGGAUGAUCGUUAUUCUAUGUACAUUGGUAGGCAGGCGAUUGUACCUAUGACAUUUGGACGGCAUGUUCCUAUUAUCUCCGAUAGAUAUGUUGAUAAAGAGUUUGGAACUGGCGUAUUGAAGAUAAGCCCUGGACAUGAUCAUAAUGACUAUCUUCUUGCUAGAAAGCUGGGGCUACCAAUACUUAAUGUAAUGAACAAGGAUGGGACUCUCAACGAGGUUGCCGGAUUAUACUGUGGGCUUGAUCGAUUUGAGGCGCGAAAGAAAUUAUGGUCAGAUCUCGAGGAGACAGGGCUAGCUGUCAAAAAGGAAUCAUAUACUCUACGAGUGCCUAGAUCCCAACGUGGUGGAGAAGUUAUAGAACCACUUGUGAGCAAGCAGUGGUUUGUGACCAUGGAGCCAUUAGCUGAGAAAGCCCUUCAUGCUGUUGAGAAAGGACAAUUAACGAUCAUCCCUGAUAGAUUUGAGAAGAUAUAUAAACAUUGGCUAUCAAAUAUUAAAGAUUGGUGUAUAAGCAGACAACUGUGGUGGGGGCAUCGCAUACCAGUUUGGUACAUCACAGGUAAGGAUUGUGAAGAAGACUAUAUUGUUGCGAGGAGCGCUGCAGAAGCUCUUGAAAAAGCUCUUGAUAAGUAUGGAAAAGGUGUAGAAAUAUAUCAGGAUCCAGAUGUUCUUGACACUUGGUUCUCAAGUGCGCUAUGGCCCUUCAGCACCCUUGGCUGGCCAGACCUAUCAGCAGAGGAUUUUAAGCACUUUUAUCCAACAACUGUCCUUGAAACUGGGCAUGAUAUUUUAUUCUUUUGGGUGGCACGGAUGGUCAUGAUGGGGAUUGAGUUCACAGGGACCGUUCCCUUUUCUUACGUAUAUCUGCAUGGACUUAUACGAGAUUCUCAAGGACGAAAAAUGUCUAAAACACUGGGAAACGUCAUAGACCCAAUUGACACUAUUAAGGACUUCGGUGCGGAUGCUCUACGAUUCACCCUUGCUUUGGGAACUGCCGGGCAGGACCUUAAUCUGUCCACAGAGAGGUUGACUUCAAACAAGGCCUUCACUAACAAAUUAUGGAAUGCCGGGAAAUUUGUGUUGCAGAAUCUGCCCAGUGAGAGUGACUCUACUGCUUGGGAGAACAUAUUGACUUAUAAGUUUGAUACAGAAGAAUCCAUUCUCAGACUACCUUUGCCCGAAUGUUGGGUGGUUGGGAAACUUCACGAGCUCAUUGACAAUGUCACCUCAAGCUAUGAUAAGUUUUUCUUCAAUGAUGUUGCAAGAGAAAUCUAUGAUUUCUUUUGGGGUGAUUUUGCUGACUGGUAUAUUGAAGCUAGUAAAACUCGUGUUCACAGCUCUGACGGCCAUUGCAUAGCACAGGCCGUUCUUUUGUACGUCUUUGAAAAUGUACUGAAGAUAUUGCAUCCUUUCAUGCCAUUUGUCACUGAAGAACUGUGGCAGGCGUUACCCCAUCGAAAGCGGGCUCUUAUAGUAUCUCAGUGGCCUGAGACUUCACUUCCAAGGGAUGCCAAGUCCAUUAAAAAUUUUGAGAACUUGCAAUCUUUGAUAAAAGCAAUCCGGAAUGCUCGAGCUGAAUAUUCUGUCAAGCCUGCAAAACGUAUAUCUGCAUCUAUUGUUGCGAGCACUGAUGUCCUCCAGUAUAUAUCUGCAGAAAAGGAUGUUUUGGCACUAUUAUCCAGACUAGAUUUACAAAACAUUCAUUUUACAGAAUCUCCUCCAGAUGAUAUGAAUCAAUCAGUCCACCUUGUUGCCGGGGAAGGUUUAGAGGCUUACCUGCCUCUUGCAGAUAUGGUAGAUAUCUCCGCCGAGGUCCAACGGCUCUCUAAACGCCUCUCCAAGAUGCAAACGGAGUAUGAUGCACUCGUUGCUCGCCUCAGUUCUCCUAGUUUUGUAUCGAAUGCACCCGAGGAAGUUGUUCGUGGUGUGCGCGAGAAAGCAGCUGAAGCAGAGGAGAAGAUAACUCUCACCAAGAACCGGCUUUCUUUCCUCGAAUCAACGGUCAUGGUCUCAAAGAAACCCAUAUCCGCAGCUUAACGUCAUCUUGUUUUCCCAUGAAUCUCCUUCAUGUCCUCCAAUUUAAUAGGAUCUAUCCAUUUCCAAGUUAGAAUGGUGUCCCUGAUGCCUGACCAACUGAAUCUUGCCUUGUCAACAAUGCCCCUUGCCAUUUCUUGAGAUGAAUGCUGCAAUGCCAUGGCUGCAUCUUGUGUUGCAGUGUCAAACCUGAAGGUGUGGUUGCUACUUCGAAACAUCAAACAAACGGCUUUUUUUAUGCUUUGGGGAAUGAAGAGAGACAAGAAAUUCCCUACAUAAGUGCUUUGAAUUGCUACUGUCAAUUUUGUAUAUGAUAACUCUCUUGACAUCUGAUGCCAAUUAAGAUUAUUAAUCUUAUACUUGCUAACUUUCUUAGUUAUGAUUUAUUGUAAUGAUUCUUGAACCAGAAUAAGAAUAUUUAUGGCAAUAUGAGAUAAAAAGGCCUGAGGUUUGCUACAAUA